ACCAAAACAGAAAAAACUUUCUUAUAUCCAAUAUCUCUCAUUUCUCAACUCUCACCUUUAUACUUUAGUAUUUUCUCUAAUGGAACAUUUUGGAAGCAUUACUCAGUUUCUUCAAGAUAAAAAUGUCUUGGUUCUUGGUGCUGCUGGAUUCCUUGCAAAAAUUUUUGUGGAGAAGAUACUACGAGUGCAACCAAAUGUGAAGAAAGUUUAUCUUCUUUUGAGAGCUGCAGAUGCUGAAUCUGCUACUAAAAGAUUGCAUAAUGAGAUUUUGAAGAAGGACUUAUUCAAAUUGCUGAAGGAAAUUCAUGGUGAAAAGUUCAAUAGCUUUAUUUCAGAAAAAGUGACUGUAGUGCCUGGAGACAUUUCUCAAAAAGAGUUCAACUUGAAGGAUCCAAAUCUAGUUAAAGAGUUGUACAGUGAAAUUAAUGUCAUAGUGAAUUUAGCUGCAACAACUAACUUUGAUGAAAGAUAUGAUGCGGCAUUGGAAUUAAAUACAUUUGGAGUGAAGCAUGUCUUAAACUUUGCCAAAAAUUGUGUUAAUCUUAGGGUGCUUGUCCAUGUAUCAACAGCAUAUGUAUGUGGUGAGAAAGGAGGGCUGAUUGCAGAAGAUCCAUACAAAAUGGGUGUGUCAUUAAAUGGAGUGAAAGGAUUAGACAUUAAUGUGGAAAAGAAAGUAGUUGAAGACAAAUUGAAAAUGCUUCAACAACAAGGAGCUUCUGAAAAUGAGAUUAAAUUUGCAUUGAAGGAUUUGGGCAUCCAAAGAGCAAAAAUGUAUGGAUGGCCAAACACAUAUGUGUUUACAAAAGCAUUGGGAGAAAUGCUUUUGGGAACUAUGAAGGAAAAUCUGCCCAUUGUUAUUAUUCGUCCUACAAUGAUUACAAGCACUUACAAAGAACCUUUCCCUGGCUGGGUUGAAGGAGUAAGAACCAUAGACAGUUUAAUUGUUGCUUAUGGUAAAGGAAAAUUAACAUGCUUCCUUGCGGACGUUAAAGCUGUUUUUGAUGUGAUUCCAGCUGAUAUGGUGGUGAAUGCAAUGAUGGUGGCAAUGGUGACGCAUGCCAAUAAACCUAGUGAUAAAAUAUAUCAUGUUGGUUCUUCUGUUGGAAAUCCAGUUAGAUAUCAAAAUCUCAAAGAUUACACUUUCAGAUAUUUUACUGCAAAACCAUGUUUAGACAAAGAAGGAAAACCCAUCAAAGUUGGCACAGUUACAGUCUUGGAAAACAUGAAUAGCUUCCAAAGAUACAUGUUCAUUCGAUACGUACUUCCACUCAAGGGGCUAGAGCUAGUGAAUGCGGCUUUUUGCCACUUUUUUGAUGGUAUGUGUUUUGAUGUCAACAAGAAGGUCAAUACCGUGAUGCGCUUGGUUGAUCUUUACAAACCAUAUUUAUUUUUCGACGGCCGAUUCGAUAAUAAGAAUGCGGAGAAGAUGCAAAUAGAAGCGAGACAAAGUGGAGUAGAUAUGGAUUUGUUUUACUUUGAUCCAAAAUUGAUUGAUUGGGAAGACUACUUCAUGAAUGUUCAUAUUCCAGGCAUUGUCAAAUAUUGCUUCAAGUGAAACUACUAUAAAAUUUGAACUUGUUUCAAAACAUGAAACUCAUCUGAGUUCAAAGUUAUGCCAGCGAGUUUAAUAUUAUUGGUGGUGUACUAUUAUGUUUUGAAUUUUAAUUAUAAUAUAUUACGUGUGACCAAUAUUUUAAAUAUAAUUGAGGAGGUGUGUUGUUGUUUUUA